UCUUCCCGAUCUCUUCCUUGGUUCCUCCUUCCCAUGUGUUUUGUUUCUCCAUUGCAGAUGUACUUCAAAUUGUAUCAAUACAAAGUCAUUCUUUUUCUUUGUUUUUAUUUGUUUCUUCCAGUCAAAUAACAGCUUUGUGCCCAUGUAUCAUUUCCUCUGCCUUGUUUUUCUCAUUGGUAAUUCCUUUGCAUUGUUUAUAAAGAAAAAAAUUGGAGUGGGGACUUCGGGAGGUUGUUUUCCAGGCUUUCCCCAUGACCGAACCUCUUCUUCCAUUCCUGAACCCAUCUAGAGCAUGCAUUGAUGACACGGGUCAUCUUUUCGCAGCAUAACUGCUUGGGAAAGGGAAUUUAAGGAAACUGUUGUUUGGGGCUAUUUAGAUUAUAUACCUAAUGGGUACCUAUUGAUAUUGUUUCGUGAUGCAACAGUAGAAGUUUGGGCCAUGACUAAGACCCCAAUCAUGCUUAGAUCACUAGCUCUCCCGUUCACUGUGCUAGAAUGGACUCUUCCAACUGUACCACGGCCAGUGCCCAAAGAUCGUCCUGCCAUACCAUCAAAAGAAACAUCCCCAACAAAAGAAGCAGAUGCUAAAGGAGCUGGGACAGAUGGAUCUCAAGAUGAAUUUUCAGAAAGUUUCUCUUUUGCACUUGUAAAUGGUGCACUUGGAGUUUUUGAGGUUCAUGGUCGAAGGAUCCGUGACUUCAGACCAAAGUGGCCUUCAUCUUCAUUUGUUUCAUCUGAGGGAUUGGUGACGGCAAUGGCCUAUCGGCUCCCUCAUGUGGUUAUGGGGGACAGAUCAGGAAACAUACGUUGGUGGGAUGUUACUACUGGACAGUCGUCCUCAUUUAAUACCCAUAGGGAAGGGAUCCGUAGAAUCAAGUUCUCACCAGUUGUUCCUGGAGAUAGGAGCCGUGGGCGUAUUGCUGUUAUGUUUUAUGAUAACACAUUCUCAGUGUUUGAUCUGGACUCACCCGAUCCAUUAGCCAAUUCACUUUUACAACCUCAAUUUCCUGGAACUCUUGUGUUGGAGCUCGAUUGGUUGCCUUUGCGAUCAGAUAAGAAUGAUCCACUGGUGUUAUGUAUUGCUGGAGCUGAUAGCAGCUUUCGCCUUGUUGAAGUCAAUAUAAGUGACAAUAAAAUGGUUCAUGGUCCCCAAGCUCGACCACUCAAAGAAAGAUUUCGACCAGUGCCUUUGUGUUCUCCCAUAUUACUACCCACACCACAUGCCCUGGCAUUACGUACAAUCUUACAGUUAGGUGUGAAGCCAUCAUGGUUUAAUACAUGGAGUGCAACCACAGAUGACGCGAACUCCCAAGUUCCUGGAACUCCAACAGCUGGAGAUCUUCGUAAUCACAUGAUUGAAUCACCCGUAUUGGUGACUCUGUAGUGCCUGAGAUGCUUCUCAAAGUACUGGAGCCUUAUCGUAGAGAAGGGUGCAUACUUAAUGAUGAGAUGGUUAGACUAUAUGCUGGUCUAGUGGAUAAAGGUUCUGCAGUAAGGUUUGCUUUUGCUGCUGCAAUAUUUGGGGAACCCAUGGAAGCUCUUUUCUGGCUGCAAUUACCGCGAGCUC